UCUUAUCGAGCAUCACUGUCUGCACGUGUUGCUCUGACGUUCUCACACUUGCUGCGAAGGAUGGGAAAACUGUUGGCCAUUGCAAACUCCCUCUGGGUGGUCUUGGCGUGUAUUCUUCAAUAUUCCGGCUUCUAUAAUACAUGCUUCUGCAAUUCCAGUAUCAUCAGUAGGGGAAAUGCUGCUGCAUACAUUACUAUCAUCGAAACCACAGACCAGGCUGCACUGGCCAAGGUGGCCUGGAUCGGUGCCCUUUUCCUAGUGUGUACCUCAGCAUCGGCUUUCGUCGCCUUCGUGGGUCUUUUAUUGGAUACUCUCUCUCGAUAA